AGACAACAUUUUCCAUUCCGGGCAUUUCGGGAGGAAGAAGCGUCGGCGAAAUAUACCAGAGAGUAAUUGUAUUCUGAAAACUGUACAACACGUGCACUAGUUCAUCAUGAGGACGCAGAGGGCGACUGUCGCUAUAUUGUCAUGUAUUUUAUCGCUGAGUGUUUCCUCUUUGGCGUCUCCUAGAUUUCCAAGAGAUUCGUGCGACCUGGGGAAACCCGGUGCCGCUUGUGGUGCUGACCGCCAAUCAUGGGGAGGAGGGGCUCCUGCUAGUGCUCCAGCACCGGGACACGCACCAGGCUAUCCUCCAGCUAGAGCUCCUGCACCAGGCUAUCCAGGAAAUCAACCACCUAGAGCUCCCACUCCAGGACACCCAGGCUAUCAACCGCCUAGAGCUCCUGCUCCAGGCCCUUAUCCGUCAGCUCCUAACGCCCCACCACCCCAACAACCUCAUGCACCAUCUGCCCCAGCACAUGCACCAGGUGUGCCAUUUGCUCCAGGAUACCAGCCAAAUUCCCCACAAUACUAUCCAAAUGCUCCAUUUCCUCCGAGCCAUGCCCCACAUGCUCCAGGUAUGCCUGGAUUCGCACCGGGACCCCCUGGAGGUAGUGGUCCAUUUACUCAAGACGGGAACGAUGCUGGUGGAAGUUCAGAUCAGCAGUCAGAUGCCCAAGCUCCUCGGGCUCCUGCUCCACCGAUGCCCCGUGCUCCAACAUACGUACCCGCUGCACCAAGACCACAGCCUCCGAGAGCUCCUGCAUAUGCCCCAGUUGCACCAAGACCGGCUGCACCUGUCCCCGCUGCACCAGCCGCACCAGUAGUUCCCGAAACAAGAUUUGCACCCGUUUCCCCAAGUGACGGUGGGGAUGGUGGAGAUGGAGGAGACGUUGGUGAUUACGAUGGUGAAGUUGAUGCUGACUACGGAGAUUACGAAGGUGAAGGUUCAAGCGGCAGUGACGAAAGCAGUGGUAGUGGUGAAGAGUACUAUAACUACGGUUCUGGUGAUAUUGAUGGCGCAGAUGGUGUUGAUGGUGCUGAUGCUGGAGACGGUACUGGUGGAGCUGAUGGGGCUGGUGGAGAUGGCGGGACUGAUGGGGCUGUCGGAGCUGAUGGGAUUGGUGGUAGUCGUGGAGGUUCACGUGCUCCUCGCCCUGGUUCGCCUCGUGCUCCAGGUAGUCCACGUGUCCCAGGUAGUCCACGUGCUCCAGGCAGUCCAAGAGCUCCGGGCGGGCCCCGUGCACCAACCGGACCGCGUGUAUCCGGCCGUCCAUAUGCCCCGGGCCCGCGUCCAUCUGCUCCACGGGGACCUGUAGGACCAUUUGCUCCUGCACCUGGAUCCCAAGCUCCUGUACCCAGGCCCAGUGUACCCAUUGGAGGACCGCGUGCUCCAUCAACUCGGCCCCGAGCACCUGCAGGAGGGCCACGUGCUCCCCUACCUGGACCAAGAGCACCUAGACCUAAUGCACCUGGGCAAAGGAUUCCAGCACCACACGCUCCAGCUCGCCCUUAUGCCCCAGGAGGACCAGCAGGACCAGGAGCACCAGGAGGAGGUCCUGUAUAUGCCCCCAGUGGAGGAAGUUGCAACCAUGAUCCUUCUGGUCAAGCAUGUUCCGGAGGAGUGUCUGGAAAACGAUAGAACUUUUAUAAAUAUUGGCCUCAAAGUGUCCUUGGUGUUGCAGUUGUUUAUUUUACAAGUAUUAAGUUAUGUGUGGAUUAAUUCAUAUGAAUUAGUUUAAUAUCAUCAUGCAUAAGGUAAUGGGAUUGAGAAAUAAUUACAAAAAUUGAAUUGGAGCCUUUUUGGUCUAUUCACCAAACACACACAAAAAACAGGGGAAAACACGAUGUCUAAAAUCAAAUGUUUGAUAUUAAAGGGCUUUAAUAAACUAAAAUUAUCUUUAUAAAAAAGGAAUUUUUGAAUUCAAACAGGGAAAUAUAUAUUUAUUUGCCAUAGACAUACAGUAUUUUUUUUUGUUUAGAUAGCUCUGUUGCAUUAUGAAUAAUAUUGACACUAAGAAAAGUGUUCAAAUAUGAAAUCAAAAUCAGUUUCAUCUAGCAUUAAAGGAUUUAUUUUCUUUCCUUCUAUGUAUUUCGAAAUUUCUUGUUCAUUUUUCUUUUCUUUUUGUUUUACAUGUAGUUUACGUUAAUUUCUGUUUUUACCUCAUUAUAUUUUAUUUAUUUUCUUUGAUUUGAAAUAAAUGUGUUCAAAUUUGAUUUCCAUCGACUUGUAUACCAUUUAUUCUUGAAUGCAAUCUUCCUUAUCGUUU